UAGGAGAGGAGAGCUCCAUGGUCCCAUCAUCCACAUGCACUGAGUGAGCCAAGCUCAAGCUGACUGAGAGAUGCGCGCUCAUUGAGACAAGAGGAGGCGGAGGAGGAAGAGGACCUAGGGAGAGCACCGUUGCCAACAUCACGCUCGCUUGAUCAUGAUAUCCUUCACACCAACACCCGCAUCAGCCUCUCUCUGAACACAUUUCAACCCUUUCCGGAUGGACUUUUGCUGUGGAUUGUUCUAAUUUAUCUUUUUACGCACGCCCAAUUGCACCCGGAGGUGUUUAUCUCCCUUCUGCGUGAAAAGACCUGUCCGACCCAGCAGAUUAAACCAUGGAGCAUGGUCCAACAAUGAAAGUCAUGUGCUUCAAUCCAGGAAGUCGCCGCAAAGAAAACAGCCAAGAUGCAUCUUUGAUUCAUUGAUCAUCGUAGCAUUUUCAACUGUCCACUUGAUGUGGUGAUCAAAUAUUAUUUUUCUUGUCCCACAGUUGGCUGGAACAUUUGUGUGCAUUCAUUAUCGACAUUUUUUCUUCAAUAGAGAUAGAAAUAACACACCGAUAUUUGAUUAUCAUGCAAUGUGGAACAUAGAAUAUAUCAGAUGCAUCUUACAAAUCUGCCCUAAUUAGAUACUUUUGUUAUUUUAAGUGGUCCUUCAUAAAUUGAAAUAGUUUCCUGCUGCUUACGGUUACUCUCUACAAUGAAUCCAAACGGCCUCCCUGGGAAAGUUCUCCUGCUGCUAUGCACUGUUCUGUCCUUCAGUGUGGGAUUAGAGUUCACUGGUUCAGAAGGUCAGUGGGCUCGAUACCUGCGCUGGGAUGCCAGCACCAGAAGUGACCUGACCUUCCGGUUCAAGACAUCCAAUUCAGAAGGCCUCAUGCUCUACUUUGACGAUGGCGGAUAUUGUGACUUCUUACUCCUAACUGUGUUCGAGGGCAAAUUGCAGCUUCGCUUCAGUAUUGAUUGUGCCGAAACCACCAUCACGUCUGACAAAAAGGUGAACGACAGCCGCUGGCACUUUGCCGCUAUCAAUCGGCACAAUUUGCGGAGCGGCUUGGCCGUGGACGGCCAGACCAAGACAGCGGAAGUGCGACCUCAGCGACAAUUCAUGAAGAUCGUAAGCGACCUCUUUCUCGGUGGGCUUCCAGGAGACAUACGGACAUCUGCCAUCACCUUGCCUUCUGUCCGUGAGCUGGUUCCGUUCAAGGGGAUCAUCACUGACCUCAUAUAUGGGAGUAAACUGCCCACGCUCAUCAACAGUCAUAAAGUACGCUUAGAAAUGUUGGGUCUCUGCACAGAGAACCCCUGUGAGAAUGGAGGGAUCUGCUCACUGGCAGAUGGUGAACCCUACUGUGACUGCUCGAGAACUGGAUUUGUAGGCAGAUACUGCAAUGAAGCAGUCCAUAGACCAGGCCUCGCACACCUGAAGGCAGAGCAAGGUAGAAACAAAGCAAGGGAGGAAAACGUGGCCACCUUCCGGGGCUCUGAGUACUUCUGUUAUGACCUGUCGCAGAACCCCAUCCAAAGCAGCAGCGACGAGAUCACGCUGUCCUUCAAGACGUGGCAACGCAACGGCCUCCUGCUCCAUACGGGGAAAUCGGCAGACUAUGUCAAUCUGGCGCUAAAAGAUGGGGCGGUUUCCCUCGUCAUCAACCUGGGUUCUGGGGCCUUCGAGGCCAUCGUCGAGCCCGUCAAUGGAAAAUUCAAUGACAACGCCUGGCACGAUAUCAAAGUCACACGCAACCUGAGACAGCAAUCAGGCAUUGGACACGCUAUGGUAAACAAACUACAUUGUCUGGUGACUAUAUCAGUUGAUGGAAUCCUCACCACCACUGGCUACACUCAGGAAGACUACACCAUGCUGGGCUCUGAUGAUUUCUUCUAUGUGGGUGGGAGCCCCAGCACCGCAGACCUUCCUGGAUCCCCAGUUAGCAACAAUUUUAUGGGCUGCCUCAAAGAGGUAGUGUACAAGAACAACGACAUCCGUCUGGAACUGUCCCGCCUGGCCCGAAUCGUAGACCCAAAGAUGAAACUUCAGGGCGAUGUGGUCUUUAAGUGUGAAAACGUUCCGACACUUGACCCCAUCAACUUUGAGAAUCCCGACUCCUACUUGGCCUUGCCAAAAUGGAACACCAAACGCGUCGGCUCCAUCUCUUUCGACUUCCGAACCUCAGAGCCCAACGGUUUAAUACUUUUUACCCAUGGCAAACCUCAGGAGAGGCGUGAUGCCAAAUCUCAGAAAACUAAUAAGGUGGACUUCUUUGCUGUUGAGCUUCUGGAUGGGAUACUAUACCUGGUGCUGGACAUGGGUUCUGGUACAAUCAAGGUGAAAGCGACACAGGCAAAAGUUAAUGAAGGCAGCUGGCACCAUGUGGACAUCCAGAGGGAUGGUCGCUCAGGCAUCAUCUCUGUAAACAGCCGCCGGACACCUUUCACAGCCAGUGGAGAAAAUGAGAUCUUAGACCUGGAGGGGGAUCUUUAUUUAGGCGGUCUUCCUGACAACCGAGCAGGUUUGGUGCUACCCACUGAGCUCUGGACCGCCAUGUUAAACUAUGGCUACGUGGGCUGCAUCCGGGAUCUUUUCAUUGAUGGACGCAGCAAAGAUAUUCGACAGAUUGCUAUGUCCCAGAAUGUGACUGGUAUCAAGUCUUCGUGUAGCAAGGUGAUGGCGAAACAGUGUGACAGCAACCCUUGCAAGAACAGUGGGCUAUGUAAGGAAGGAUGGAAUCGCUUCAUAUGCGACUGCACAGGAACGGGCUUCUGGGACAGCACAUGUGAAAGGGAAGCGUCCAUUCUGUCCUAUGAUGGCAGCAUGUACAUGAAGGUGGUGAUCCCAAAUGUGGUGCACACAGAGGCGGAGGAUGUCUCACUUCGCUUCAUGUCCCAAAGGGCAUUCGGUCUGCUAAUGGCAGCAUCAUCCCGGGAAUCUGCAGACACGUUGCGACUGGAGUUGGACAGCGGAAGGGUCAAACUGACGGUCAACUUAGACUGUGUCAGGAUAAACUGUAACACCAGCAAGGGUCCUGAGGCUCUUUAUGCUGGUCAAAAGCUCAACGACAAUGAAUGGCACUCAGUGCGAGUGGUCCGCCGGGGUAAAAACAUCAAACUCAUUGUGGAUGACGACAUGGCUGAAGGUCAGAUGGCAGGCGAUCAUACCCGUUUGGAGUUCAACAACGUGGAGACAGGCAUCCUGACUGAGAGACGCUUUGUGUCCUCAGCACCCUCUUCAUUUAUAGGACACCUCCAGAGUCUCAAGUUCAACGGCAUGCAGUACAUCGAUAUGUGCAAGAAUGGGGACAUUGACUUCUGUGAACUCAACGCCCGUUUUGGAAUGCGCUUCAUCAUUGCUGACCCCGUGACGUUCAAGACCAAGGGCAGCUACCUGGGCUUGGCCACUCUGCAGGCAUACACCACAAUGCACCUCUUCUUUCAGUUCAAAACAACCUCUCCCGAUGGCUUCAUCCUCUUUAACAGUGGCGACGGGAGUGAUUUUAUUGCAGUGGAACUGGUCAAAGGGUUCAUCCACUAUGUGUUUGAUCUUGGGAAUGGCCCAAGUUUGUUGAAAGGCAACAGUGACAACCAGCUGAAUGAUAACCAGUGGCAUAAUGUGGUGAUCACACGAGACGCUUCCAACACUCACACACUGAAAGUUGACUCCAAGUCAGUCACCCAGAAUGUCAACGGAGCAAAAAACCUUGAUUUAAAAGGUGAUCUCUUUGUGGGAGGCCUGGGACCAAACAUGUAUCAGAACCUCCCCAAGCUGGUGGUUUCUCGUGAAGGCUUCCAGGGCUGUUUGGCCUCAGUUGACCUCAAUGGCCGCCUGCCAGACCUCAUCAACGAUGCCCUUUUCCGCAGUGGGCAGAUUGAGCGGGGCUGUGAAGUUGGUUUCACCAAAGCUGACCUGCAAGGCCCGAGCACCACCUGCCAGGAGGACUCAUGUGCCAACAUGGGUGUGUGCAUCCAACAGUGGGAAAACUUCACCUGUGAUUGCUCAAUGACAUCUUAUUCAGGAACUCAUUGCAAUGACCCUGGCACUACCUACAUCUUUGGCAAAGGAGGGGGUCUGAUCACGUACACGUGGCCUAAUAACGAAAGGCCCAGCACGCGGACAGACCGGCUGGCGGUAGGUUUUAGCACGACCAUCAAAGACGGCAUCCUCGUUCGCAUCGACAGUGCGCCGCGCCUUGGUGACUACAUCAUGCUCCACAUUGAGCAAGGGAAAGUAGGCGUGACCUUCAAUAUUGGGACAGUGGACAUCAGUGUUAAGGAGCUGACUACAGCAGUAAAUGAUGGCAAAUACCAUUUGGUUCGAUUCACCAGGAAUGGCGGCAACGCCACCUUACAAGUGGACAACUGGCCGAUCAAUGAGCACUUUCCUUCAGGCUACAGCGACAUUGAGCGCUAUCCAACGACACCUAAGAAAAUCCCAUUCAAAUAUACCCGGCCAGUAGAAGACUGGUCUCAGGAGAAAGGCCGUCAGCUCACUAUCUUCAACACCCAAGCGACUAUUUCCAUUGGUGGAAACGACCGCAAGCGGCCCUACCAAGGCCAGCUUUCAGGCCUCUACUACAAUGGCCUUAAAGUCCUCAACAUGGCUGCCGAAGGCCACGUCAAUAUCAAAGUGAAUGGCAGUGUUCGGCUUGUUGGGGAUGUUCCAGCCAGUAGGGGCGCAGCACGCACAACCACCUCAGUACCACCUGAGAUGUCCACCACCUUUAUCGAGACCACCACCACUCUGUCCACAACCACUACUCGCAAACAGCGCUCCCCACCCACCAUCCAGACGACAGAUGACAUUGUUUCAUCAGCCGAGUGCUCCAGUGACGACGAAGACUUGGAAGAGUGCGAUUCCGGACAUACAGGAGGGGAGUUAGUCAUCCCCAUCUUAGUGGAGGAUCCGAUAGACGUCCCUUCUGUAUCCACCCGUUCUUCUUUCAUCUCCCUUCCCCCAACCCUCCACCCCCUCCUCACCAUUAUUGAGACCACCAAAGAAUCCUUGGCCAUGGCCACUGAGGCGGGGGUACCUUGCUUGUCGGACCGAGGCGGCGAUGAUUGUGAUGAUGGUGGUGAUGAUGAUGGUGAUGAUGGUGAUGAUGAUGAUGGCAUGGUGAUUUCGGGGUUUGGCUCUGGCGAAGCAUUCGACUCUAGCCUGCCCCCAACUGACGAUGAAGAUUUUGACAACACCUUCUCCCUGGUAACAGAUAAGAUCUUGACCACAUCAACCUAUGAAGGCGGCUACAAGGCCCUCGCACCCAAGUGGGAGGCCAAGGACUUGAGGCCUAGCAAAGCCUCUGAGGCAGGUAGGACUACACCCACCUUGCCUUUACCCAACCCUCGGGGCACGCCUGCUGCGGCGGCCCCUUCGGCCGCGCUUCCUAAGCUACCCGCUGGGAAAAUGAACAACCGCGAGGUAAAACCCCCGCAGCCGGACAUAGUCCUGCUUCCCCUGCCCACAUCUUUUGAUCUGGACGGCACCAAGCCACGGGGUCCUUACAUCACCUCGCCCAUGCUGCGCACGGUACCUAACGCCUUACCCACGGUGCCCGGCGUCGUGCGGCGAGUACCGCCGGGGGCCUCGGAGGUGAUACGGGAAUCGAGCAGCACCACGGGCAUGGUGGUGGGCAUUGUCUCAGCCGCCGCCCUCUGCAUCCUCAUCCUCCUCUACGCCAUGUACAAGUACAGGAACAGGGACGAAGGGUCCUACCAGGUGGACGAGACACGCAACUACAUCAGCAACUCGGCGCAAACCAAUGGCGCUGUGGUCAAAGAUAAAACGCCAAGCAGCGGCACCAAAAGCGGAGCAGCAAACAAGAGACCCAAAGACAAGGACAAGGAAUAUUAUGUAUAGAAAUCAAGUCAUUUCCCAGCGCAAAGAAAACAAACUGUUAGAAACAAAUAUAUAAACAUUUUGACAGUACCAUAUUGGCAACUGUGAUCUCUUUUGAACUCAAUACUUUCUGAGUCACUGGAACGUUUUAACAAAAAAGCAACAAAAGACUCGACAUGUGACACUUACUAUUGUAGGAGUUCCAGAGACAAUGCAGAUCAUGACUGGGACCUUUUGAAGGAGUUCCAGAUGGAGACUUUUGGAAGUGCGGGAAAAAUAUCACUCUUGCAUCCACAGGAGCCCGAUUAACUGUCCGAGGUUUGUGUGUGUUCGCGCGUGUGUUUGAUCCAUCAGAGUUCUGACGACGCCCGACUUUGUCCGUUGUAACCCUGUAAAAUACCAUCACUGUCAUUUCGGCCAUUCGGAGCUUGCAUGUGAGAUGUACGUGAUUGGUGCUGGCAUCUAUGUUGGGGAGGGACCUCAAGAGGCAGUUUGGGUUUCAGUAUAUGUAGCUUUCAUGGAUGUAGUUAAGUACAGAAAUUACAUCUUUUUUAUUUUAUUAAUGUAGGAAUUGUUAGUCGAAAGAUGGCAGCACACAACACUGUGACACCCAAUAGGAUGUUAUACAUCAGUGCAUCGCUCUCUCCUUUCUGUCUCCUUAAUUGUUGACUUGAAACUUGGGGAGGGGGAAGCAUUUCCUCGAUAUUAGCUGAAUUUGUUAAAAACAAAACGCUAAUUUUAUAUUUUACUACAAGCUGUUGUUUUUUUGCUGGUGAAUUAAGAGUUGUUUUUUUUUUCUUUCAUCUGGUUUAAAUUCCGUAUUGUAGCAGGAAAUUAAAAUAUUCUUUAUUGUGGCCAGCACUGCCUGGUGACAGAAUAUUCAAGACCCUUUUUUUCGGUCAAAUGUUGGGUAAGACAAUUUGUCUCACUUGGUUUUUCUCUUAAUAGAUAUUUGACUGUACCAAAACUGUCACUCUGUGGACUAACUGUUUUGAAGAUUUUUACGUUAUGUAUUUAUUGAUUUCUUUUUUUAUCUGAAACUGAAAAAAAAAAAAAAGAUAAAAACAGGAAUAAAAUAAGGAUAUUGUUCUGAUGGAUUUGGAGAUGCAUUGCCAGCACCUUGCUUGACUUUCAGUUACAUUCCUUCCUUGGUUCUUAACUGUGAAAACGUUCUUUUUGUCUGCUCAACAUUUUGUAUUUGAUUUUUCUCUUACUGUUGUAGCUUAUUUUCAUGUAUCGUUUCUAUGAUGUUGAUUUUUUUUUUAAUUUAAUUUAUUAUCAUUCCAUUAGUUACUGCUGAAAACAUCGAUUCUCGUUCAUUUUCAAAUCAAUGUUCACUUUAAUUUUUUGUGUUGGUACUUGACUCGUCUUUUGCUCCUUUGACUCCGAACCCUGAAAUAAAAAAAAAAAAAUGUUGUUCCCAAACUUUUUA